CCUCUCCCGGAGACCUCGGUUUUGCACAAGCCGGCCUCGAAACCAGAGACUUUGCGAGCGACCCGGGAGCCUGUGCUCCGCUGCCGCGGGCUUGGCCAGUGGCGUGCGCUCGGCGCCCCCCAGCCCCACGCGCGCCGGGCGGGCGCCAUGGAGGAGGGCUCCAGCUCGCCGGUGUCUCCCGUGGACAGUCUGGGUACCAGCGAGGAAGAGCUGGAGCGGCAGCCCAAGCGCUUCGGCCGGAAGCGGCGCUACAGCAAGAAGUCGAGCGAAGAUGGCAGCCCGACCCCGGGCAAGCGCGGCAAAAAGGGCAGCCCGAGCGCGCAGUCCUUCGAGGAGCUGCAGAGCCAGCGCAUCCUGGCCAACGUGCGCGAGCGCCAGCGCACCCAGUCGCUCAACGAGGCCUUCGCCGCGCUGCGCAAGAUUAUCCCCACGCUCCCCUCUGACAAGCUCAGCAAGAUCCAGACGCUCAAGCUGGCCGCCAGGUACAUAGACUUCCUCUACCAGGUUCUGCAGAGCGACGAGAUGGACAAUAAGAUGACCAGCUGCAGCUACGUGGCUCACGAGCGUCUCAGCUACGCCUUCUCCGUGUGGCGCAUGGAGGGCGCGUGGUCCAUGUCAGCCUCCCACUAGCGCCGCGCCACCCACCUCCGGACCCGCACGCCCGGACUCACCUGCACACCCGAGGCGUAAGCGGAACUGGAUGCGUCCGCAGCGGCUGUGACUUUCGGCACCUGGACAACCUUGUCGCUCCUCAUGACCCCAGUGCCCAAGCCGAGUGUUCAGAGGGGACAACACUGACACGGGAC